AUGGUAAAAGUUACAGUAGCUGGAGCAGCAGGUGGUAUUGGUCAACCAUUAUCAUUGUUAUUAAAAUUAAAUCCUCAAGUUUCAGAAUUAUCAUUAUAUGAUAUUGUUAAUGCAAAGGGAGUUGCAGCAGAUUUAUCACAUAUUAAUACACCAGCAGUAGUUACAGGUUAUCAACCAUCAUCCAAAGAAGAUAAAACUGCUAUUGUAGAAGCUUUGAAAGGUUCAGAUAUUGUUGUUAUACCAGCUGGUGUACCAAGAAAACCAGGAAUGACAAGAGCUGAUUUAUUUAAUAUUAAUGCUUCUAUAAUAAGAGAUUUAGUUGCUAAUAUUGGUAGAACUUGUCCAAAUGCUGCUAUUUUAAUUAUAUCAAAUCCUGUUAAUUCAACGGUACCUAUUGCAGCACAAGUUUUAAAAAAAUUAGGAGUUUUUAAUCCAAAAAAAUUAUUUGGUGUUACUACUUUAGAUAGUGUUAGAGCUGAAACAUUUUAUGGAGAAUUAACAAAUACUAAUCCUUCUUUAUUAAAAGGUAAAAUUUCAGUUAUUGGAGGUCAUUCAGGUGAUACAAUUGUUCCAUUAAUUAAUUAUAAUACAAAUAUAAGAUUAUUAAAUUCAGAUAAGGAGUAUGAGGGAUUUAUUCAUAGAGUUCAAUUUGGUGGUGAUGAAGUUGUUAAAGCUAAAAAUGGUGCAGGAUCAGCUACCUUAUCAAUGGCUUAUGCUGGUUAUAGAUUUGCUGAAUAUGUUAUAAAAUCAUUAACAGGUGGUGAUUCUAUUGUAAAUAAAGUCCCAGAUUCAGCUUAUAUUUAUUUACCUGGUAUAGAAGGUGGUAAAGCAUUUUCAGAAAAAUAUUUAGGUGGUAUUGAAUUUUUUUCAGUUCCUGUUUAUUUAACAAAUGGAUCUAUUGCUGGUUUUAUUGAUCCAUUUAAAAAAUUAAAUGUUAGUGAAAAAGAGAAAAAAUUAAUUGAUGUUGCUUUGAAAGGUUUGAAAGGUUCAAUUGAUCAAGGUAUUGAAUUUGUUAAUGCUUCAAAAUUAUAA